AUGCACUCGUCGAUGCUUGACGUCUACGUCUUUGCUUCGUUGUUAUUCGUUGGCAUCCAUGGCCUUGCUACCGUACCGAUUCCUAACACGAACGCAAAAUUCGUUAAGGAUCUAUUUGAUGAUUUUUCCGAAAAGUUCCUAAUACCGGAAGACUUCGUGAAUGCAGCAGAGAAACCAGUUGAUAUUCCAACUGAAGCACAACUUGAUGCUGUACAGAAUUCUCAACUUUUCGAGGGUGAUAUAGUCGGAAUGCCAGACAUAGAAGAACAUGCCAUACGAAGACUUCGUGAUGAACCGAUCGAUAUCGAUGAGACAGCUAUUUUUGGAAGACCGUACCAUAGCGCCUUGAAUUUGGUCACAUAUCCUGAAAAACUUUGGACUGAUGCACAAGUACCGUACAUGUUGGAGGAAGGGAUGACCAAUGACCAACGUGCCGCGAUUGCUCAGGCGUUUGACGAAUAUAAGGAGAAAACAUGCGUUCGUUUUGUACCCCGAACAGAGGACGACUUCGAUUACAUCUACAUUAAGAGGAAUGUCGCAUUCGGGUGUUCGUCCUAUGUUGGCAGAGCUGGAGGCAAUCAAACAGUCUCGCUAGAAGUGGACAAGUGUUUUUCGAAGGGCAUUAUUGCUCAUGAAUUAAUGCAUGCACUUGGAUUUUUUCACGAACAUUCACGAACGGAUCGGGAUCAAUAUGUGGACAUUAAUGAAGAAAAUAUUAGACCAGGAAUGCUACGAAACUUCGAGAAGUACCCGCGUAAAAUAAUCGAUCCGUUAGGGAUGCCAUACGAUUACGAAUCCGUAAUGCACUACCAUAAGCUUGCGUUCUCACGAAACGGAAAGGCCACAAUCGUGCCAAAGGAUCGUAAGGCUGAAGUAGGACAACGUUACAAACUUAGCAACGUUGAUGCAAAGAAGGUGAACAAGCUCUAUCAAUGUGGAGAAUUCUCCAAGACUACCACCACGACCACCACCACUACCACCACCACUUCCACCACUACUACUACCACAGAAACCACCACUCCAACAACAACAUCGACAACCAAAGAAACUUCAACAACUACAAAAGGACGAAAUAAAAUUACGCCUAAACGGGUAUCCACAACACAGAAACCGACGACUGCUACGACGAAGAGAACAACAACUAAAGCGCUAAGAACUACAAAAACUCCAGUUAGGACCAGAAUAAGAUGUGAAGACUUGAACGCUCAUUGUGGAAUGUGGGAGCAACUGGGACAUUGCCAGCACUCAACGAAAUACAUGGCGCAUUACUGCAGAAAGUCGUGCGGAAUGUGUGAUGAUGACACCAUUACAACGACGAAAAAGCCACGAACUAAGGAAAGAGGAAGAGGAGGCACCAAUGAAACUAGGGGAAACAAAGAAAAAGAGAAGGAAAGACCGGAGGAGAAAGAAGAAUGUAAAGAUAAGAAUCUAUUCUGUGGAUAUUGGGCCAAGAUAGGAGAAUGCAAAAGCGAAAGCAAAUUUAUGAAGAUUUUCUGUAAGGCUUCUUGCGGACGGUGCUAA